AUCCAUCGCUCCCCCCCCUCUUGCACUCCCCUCUCGCAGUCAAGUCUGGUCUUGCCCGAGAUGAACUGCUCCUUCCUCAAGGCGGCGGCGGUCGCCGUGGUCGUGGCCGUCCUGGCGGCCACGGCCGGCGCAAACUCCUUCGUCUCGGCCCCGCCUCUCCCCACCGUUUUCCUCUUCUCCCCUCCCUGCGUCCCGUGGAUCGCCGCCCAGGUCAUCGUCGUCUCGCUCUGGCUCCUUUGCCACCGCGGAACCGCCGUUGCGGCCGGACUCUCGUCCACGGCCAGCGACGUUUCCGCUGCCAUGGGCGGCAUGCUCUUCCCUUCCUCGGAACACGACGUCUUUGCUGCCGCUCCUGACGCCGUCGUCGCGCCGCCGGCGCCCGUCUCGACGAGCCGGCCGCGGGAAGCGAGAACGGCCAAGAGGCCGGUUGACCGCCCCCGCGUGCGGAAGAAGCUCGCCGGCGAGGGCACGGCCACGGUGGGAGGCGCCGCGGCGGAGGCCAAGCCCGAGGCCAAGAAGGAACGCAGCGAGGAGGAGAAGCCGAGGCCCUCUGCCGCCGCGACCGAGGCCGUUGGCGUGGACGACGUGUCGAUGGACUCGGCGUGGCAGUCCAUCGUGAGGAGCGGCGCGGCGCGGCCGGUGGCCGUGCGGAAGAGCGAGACGUGGGGCGGCGAGGAGCUGCCGCGGAUGCGGCGCGCGGCCGACAAGGCCGUGGUCGCGCGGAGGGAGAUGCGUAAGUCGGCCACGAUGGUCCCGCCUUCCCCGCCGCACCCGGCCGCGGCGUCGUCCCCGGUGGCGGAGAGGCAGGGGUGGCGCACCAGGGACGUGCUGGGGAUGGCGCAGGACGAGCUCCUUCGCCGCGCCGAGAGCUUCAUCCGGAGGCAGCACGAGCACCUGCGCAUGCAGCGGCAGGAGUCAGAGCAGCGGCAGGCCAUGGAGCGCGACCGCCGCCGCCCUGCUCCCAUCCGCGUCUAGUGGCCGGUCAGCACGACAUGCAUCGCACAUCGCCUAUGCACGCGUGUAGCGUACGUACGUGCUAAUCCAUCCACCACAGGAUGGAUGGAUGCACGUGUCCAUGCACGCACGGAAGGGAGACUGUACAGAAGUUGGUCAGCUAGCUAGCCCUACUAGCAUCAUCAUCAAGAGACAAAGAUGACUGCCGCCAUUGCAUGCCUAGAUGGAACGAUGGAAGGACUGCGUAGGUAGAAGGAUCCGGCCAUGGCUGUCUAGCUACGUUGCACACUGAAGCAGUACUGUUCUGGUCAUGCACCGCGUCCUGCAGCUUCGAUCGAUGUAGAUUAAAUCCGUAUGUACGUAAGAUUAUGGUUGAGUGAGGAAUCAACGCUACAUGUAAGUUAUUUUAACCUCUAAAUAAAUGAAGAGUGGUAGCCGUUUCUUUGUUC